AUGUACACAGGCACAGCGACGGCAGAAAGGACGGACUGGCUGGCCCGGCGUUCUGGAAGUCGCCAGGUGGCGGGCCGUAGCGUUAGCUUCCCUGCUAAUAACGUCGUCGACCACGACAAAACCCUCUCCAGGGACAUCUCUCAAACUACUACUACUACCACUACUACUACCACCACCACCACCACCACCACCACUACCACCACUACGCCCUCUGCGCCCGCCUCUGCCCGCCGCAAUCGCUGCAGCGCCCAGAUGCAAACAUGCGGUCAGGACAGGACGAACCCGAGGCUCCUGCGUUUCUCCCACUCCCAAGCCCGGUCACGACGCUCGGGGAACAUGAUGGCGCCCACCACACGUCGUCAGCUGCACGUUGCCACCGGUAAUCUCCCGGUCUAUGUACCCUUCACCACCACCGCUGCUGCUGCUACUGCUGCACCCCAGAUGACAUGUGCAGUCUGUGUGCACAGUAAUGACCUUGCAUAG